CGCCAUGAUUGUUGUGUUUUUCAGGCAGCUUUGCGUGUCCGUUGUGUAGUCGGGGUCUUUUUUUUUUUUAGUGUCUGCUUCAAAAAAGUUGUUUUUAACGUACUUUUUUUUUUUAAAGGAGAAGAACAAGGUACCUGAACAUGGAGUCUCGAUUUUCUCACCUGCGGCAGAGGGACACCAGUGUGUCAAUGCUGAGGGUGAAAAUGUCCCGUAGAAGGUCUCAGUCCCAGAAGGAAAACCGAGAACGAACUGUGAACACGCGCAGGCAGCUGGCUAAGCUUCAAGAGCUGGAAAUGUCUUCUCUGGAUGCCUCCAUUGCAGUAGCCAACAUGUCAACCAUUCUUGAGAAGACGCAGAACAAAGCAAAUCCUGCUAAAAGUAAGGCAGUAGAAGAACGGAUCAAACAACUUGAGCGCUGGAAAGAGCGAAAGGCUCUUGAGAAAGAAAAGGAAAAGAGAGAAAAGGAGCGUAAAGGUGUCUUUAAGACUGGCCUGUAUCACCCAAAGGACACCAUUGCCCUUGUCUCACUGCCUGCUGUUCCAGUCGCCUCAACCAGAGCCAAGGAGAAAAAGGUGAACGUGGCUCCAUCCCAGAGUACCAGAGUCACCCGUUCAAUGAAACAGCCACCGACAGUGCAAAAACCUCUGAAGAUACAGGAUCCAAAUACUGUGGCAAAGAGAGUACAACCUGCUGUGGAAAGAUCAACCAGGACCCGGGUAGCUUCUGUCAAACCUGCACCAACUAUAACCAAGACCAAAGUUUGUGCAGUGGAACCUGUUGUGCGAGCUCUCUCAACCAGAUCAGCCAACAGGCCUCCUGUUCCAGCAGCUCCAGUGAUUAAGGACAAGCCUGCAGAUGUCAGAACCACAAGGAGCAGAGCAAAUGGUAAACCUGUGGCCCCCCCAUCUGGUGGAGAAAGGACCUGUAAAGCAGCUGUCAGCAACUCUGGCCACCCUGCUGUCUCCGAGGAGCCCAAACCAAAGGAGCCUGAGAUGGAGGAGCCAAAGAAAACACCUCCCAAUCCCACACCCUGCUCUGAGGAGGAAGACAUGAUGGUGGACCAACCUCCAGCCGAAUCAGCUCCUGCUGCAGAUCCCAUCGAGGCUCCGUCCUCUUUGUCUUCGUUUGCUCCAGAGGGUUAUGUCUUCCAGGCUCCUGCUGGUUUGUCAUCCUUCAAGUUCGACCCUCUCACUCCUCGCUCAGCAGACGCCUUCCUCACACCAAGCUCCAGUUUCAGUCUUCCACCAGCCCCCCAGUUCAGUGAUGAGCCUCAAACUGAGACGAGUGAACCCUCUCCCCCUAAAUCCCCUCCUCGUACGUCUCCCCCAGCAGCACCCCCGACUCCAGGAAGUCCACUAGAAUCUAAGCAUGAUGUACCGUACUUCAGAUCGGAAAUUGCCAACGAGACAGACAGACUGACCACUCUGUCUCUCCAGUGGGAGUCUAAAGUGGAGGAUGAGUCUAUCCCAGAAGAAAUGAGAGACCGAAUGCGUACAGCGGUUGGCCAAGCAAGGCUGCUGAUGAAAGAGCGUUUUAACCAGUUCAGUGGUCUGGUAGACGACUGUGAGUUCGGCCGAGGAGAGAAGAUCACCACGUGCACUGACUUACAAGGAUUCUGGGACAUGGUUUAUUACCAGGUAGAGGAUGUCAACAAGAAGUUUGAUGCUCUCAAAGAAGCAGAAGGUCGAGGUUGGGUGGAGGAGCACAAACCUCCACCACGACAGAGGAAAGUAGUGAAGAAACCACAAACUGCCCCUCCCAAGACAACAGGAACCAAAGCAGCAGCCAAGUCUCGCCUAGCUGCCGUGAAAGCAGCCAUGAAAGCCAAACAGCAGGCGGCUGAGGCAGAGAAAGCAGCCAAAGAUGCUGCUAACACUGAGGACAACCCCAUCCUGAGCUCUGAAGAACCACAACACCAAGCAGGGGCCCAAAGGCUGGACACAGUGGUCUUUGAUGGAGGCUUCUUCCAGGUGGAGAGCCCAGUCAAACCAUCAGGUUCAGUUAGGCGAUCCAGCCGUCUGAGUGCUGCUGUGCUACCUCAGGCCUCUCCCUGCUCCACAUAUCUCUCACCCAGAAGAGUCACUCGACGAUCUCUUGCAUUGGCUCAGACUCCUGUUCAUGCUUCUCCUGCUCAGCCCGUCCAAACUCCUGCACACCUCCGCCUUACUCUCCAAGAAACCCCAGCAUCAAAGUCUCAGCGUGGCACUGCUCAGCCAUCCCAGAGUAGAAAGGACACUGUGAACACCUCUCUUUGUUUCUCACCUGUCAAGGAAGUGCUUUCAGAUGACACUCAGCCCGAUGGGAUCCCUGCAGAACAGUCAGAAACGCUCUCCACACCGGAAGCUCCUGCUUGUGUGUCUGAACCGAGCAUGCCCAUUUGUUUGUUUCCAACCACUGCUGUAGUCGAAGAGAAUGACAAACCAGCUGAAGCUGCUGAUGCUAAUAUCCACAAUUCUCCAAGGCUUUCCCUCUUUCCAUGCAAAACACCUCCUCCUGUAUCCCAGGCUCCUGAGCCCUCAUCAGCUCUGAGCUUCAUGUUGACACCUUGUGUAACUCCCAGCCAGCCUCCCCUCUCUUCCCCCAACAUCAUCUCCUCUCCUGCAGUGCAGGGCCCAGUGGAGACCCAGCAGUCUGUGUGUCACACACCAGACAGCUCAGUUGUUGAGGAAAUUGCUGGAUUAGACUUUGAACGCUACCUCCAGCCCUCCCUGAGAGGCAGCCUGUCACCAAGGGAGAUGGUUGACACAGAGACAUCAUCACCCAUGGCAGUAGAUGUAGAGAUGGAGAGUCCCAGAGGUGUGACCGAGGACCUGCUUACUCAGCAAGAGCCAGCACUGCCAGCGGUGUCUUCAAUGUUUUCUCUUCAGUCACCACAGGUCCAGACAGCAGAGUCUGCCCUGCUCCUCUUCACCCCGGACCUGAACGACAGGAUACGCCAGUCUGUCUGUCCGAGUGAGCUCAUGGUCUUCACCCCUCCUAACAUGUAGCUGAGAGAUUGUUUUUCAGGUGUUCAACUUUGAUGUGUAUUGACAACCUAUAUUACUCACUAAAAAAAUCUGGCUCUCUUUUGAAGUUCAUUUUUAGAUUACAAGAAAAUAGUUUUGUCUCCAUAUAAAGUUUAUAUUAAAGUUCUAGUCACAACCAGGAAACA